GUCACAGCCGCUCCGCCCCUCUAAUAAUAUGCAGCGCGCUCCCGUGGAAAAGACUUCGACCGAGUAACAGCGCGUCCCCGCGGCUGCACGGCUCUAAUGUGGUUAGUUUAGAAAAAGCGAGACUUAAUAAAGCACGCGCAGGGAGCAGACUAACACCUGGAGAACAUGGACUCAACCUGCGGGCGAUGUUUUCACGCCGCGCUGGAAACGUGAGAAGCGGGUUCCGGUGACAGCGUUCGUCUGUCAGGAAGUUUGACGCGCGCAGCUCAGGAGCGUUGCUUCGCUUUGUUUUGGUCGGUGAAAGUUGGGAGACCACCGUUAGACCACCGGGAGACCACCGUUACAUUACCGGGAGCCCCCCCGCCCCCCCCUGCGACUCUGGGACGGUGUCGUUGAAGCAGGAAAAAGUCUGUUCACACUCCAGAGACCGUUUUUAAAGACAGAUUUGCUCGGAACAUCGAUGGAGUUCGUCCAACUUGACUGAAAACAUUUCUGGUAUUUGUACCAGAAACACUGAGGCCUCAGUUCUUCUUCUUUACUGUUGUUUUAGUCCGUUCUGGCUCCAUCGUGUCUCCAACACAGGCCUGUAUGUUUUCUUAUUUAAGCUGUAAUAUCCUGUUUAAUCAUACAAGUGGAGAUCUUUACAGGAUAUAAUAUUAUCACACCUGGGACACAGGCCUGUGUUGUUUUUUUUCUUAUUUAAGCGGUUAUAUCCUGUUUAAUUAUAAAAGUUCAGAUAUUCACAGGGUAUAAUAAUAUCCCAGAUAGUCUUCGUGAUCAUUUGGAUUCAAACCUGUCAACCCAGAGAGGAAAAAGCUGCACGGUUAUCAGGAAGAGAGGCCAUUAAAAUCAAAAUCACGGAAAGUGUCGUAUCUUUUCCCUCACAGAUGGAUUUCAUACAGGCCACACGGUUGUUGUUGCACCUUUUUCGUUAGUUCUGUUCGUGUGUUCGGACCUGUGGGACACAGUUGUGUGUGAAUGAAGCCUGGACAUGUGUCGGACAGGCUGCAGAGGAGCAGAGGGGUGGACCUCGGCAGCUGGAUCAGUCUGAUGUAGCGUUUCUCUUCCUCUGUGUGAAACCUCUCAUGUGACCCAGUUCGUGUUUACAACCCGGGGAAGCGUGUUUUUUUUCUUCUCUCUGCUCCAACUUGAAGAGGACGAGCCCCCCUGUUACCUGGAGGGGAGGGGGGGGUGGGGGGGUUGUCAGCCCCUGCCAUGGCGUCCUCACACGCACGCGCACCGGUGUGAGAAGACCCGAGGACACCGAAUGGACGUGAACUACCCGUGCACCCACUGCGGCUCCGCUCCACUCGGGACAAGUCCCGUCUCGCCCUGAGCCGGGUCGUCAGGGCAACAGGCUGUGGGACAGCAGAGACAAGUUUCUGAGGGCCUGUUCGGGGACCAUCAUACACAAACUUUGCCACAAUGAAUGAGAGGCAGGCCCUCCACUCUAUAAUGAAGGACUUGGUUGCCCUCCAGAUGACGAGGCGCCAGCCAGUGUUGUCGUACGACAACAGCAAACCCAAGUUGCCGGCUCAGACCAACAGACAGGACGAUGUCAGGAUAAAGUUUGAGUUCUCAGGAGAGAGACGGAUCUUGAUGUUUGGACGGCCUGUGCAGUUUGAGGAAGUCCAGCAGAAGGUUAAGACUGUGUUUGGGCAACAGUUAGACCUGCAUUAUAUGAACAAUGAGUUGUCCAUCCCUCUGCGAGACCAGGACGACCUGGACAAGGCAAUCGACCUGCUGGACCGAAGCUCCAACAUGAAGAGCAUAAAGAUCCUGCUGCUCACUCAGGAGCAUGGCAAUGUCUCCUCCCCCUCCCACCAUGUGGCAUGUAAACAGGUGAGGAUCAAGUCAUCUCAAUCCACUGGAGAUGUUAGCGCGGUGUACCAAUCUGCUGAGCCCAGAGGACGCCACCUAUCAACCGGUUCUCAGAACACGGGGCGUAGCUCGCCGCCUCCUGGCUAUGUGCCCGAGCGCCAGCAGAGGAUUGCCCGCCAAGGUUCAUACACCAGCAUAAACAGUGAGGGGGAGUUCAUCCCAGAGACCAGCGAUCAGUGUGUGCUGGAUCCCUGGAGCAGUGCAGAAAACUCUGUCUCUGGAAGCUGUCAGUCUCUGGACAGCAACUCAGACAGCCCGUCAUUGAGGAAAUCUCGCAUGCACAGAGCUAAAAGUUACCCUGAUAAUCGUCAGGAGUGCUCAGACAGGGAGAAUCAUGUGUAUGACAGGGUAGCUGGAAAGGGUGGCACCUAUCCUCGUAGGUACCACGUCUCCCUGCAUCAUAAGGACCACAGCGAAGGUCGGCGGACAUUUCCACGGAUUCGCCGCCCCCAGGGGAACCUGUUCACUCUUGUGCCUUCACGUCGGUCUCUCAACGGCAGCGAGGAGAGUCUGGGCAGCUGGCAGCUCGUCGAUGCCCAGGGCAGGCUCCGUCCCCAGGAUCGUUCUGUUGCCCAUAAGUCACCCAGCGCUCCAGUAACAUGGAGGCGGGGGAAGCUCCUGGGCCAGGGGGCGUUCGGACGGGUUUACCUGUGUUACGAUGUGGAUACUGGGAGAGAGCUGGCUGCCAAGCAGGUCCAGUUUGAUCCUGACAGCCCUGAGACAAGCAAGCCAGUCAAACAGGUCAUAACAGAGGUUGGUAUGUUCCAUGUUCUGAGCCUGGAGGGGGAGAGCCUUGGUUGUACAGUGGUGGAGAUGCUGACAGAAAAGCCUCCAUGGGCUGAAUAUGAAGCCAUGGCAGCCAUAUUCAAGAUCGCUACCCAGCCCACCAACCCACUGCUACCCUCAAACACCUCCGACCAGGCACGGGACUUUAUCCGUUGCAUCUUCGUGGAGGCCAAACACAGGCCGAGUGCUGAGGAGCUGCUCAGACAUCCAUUCUCUCAGAUUCUGUGCUGAAACCUGCCUGGUUUCAGAACUUUCUUACCUUGGAGUGGCACAGAAGCCUCAGCAGAAUCUGCAGCUUCCUCGAAAUCAAACCAUGACAUGAGUCCAGACCUGGAACAGUGUGAAACCCACUGAGACUCUGCCACAAUGCAGGGGCUUCAAAGACGAAUCAGUGUUUGCUCCCACAGAUCCAAGGUUUGUCAGCUGCAGCCGAUACGCUGCCUUUAAAACCAAUGUAAAAGAUCACCACCAGGGGGAAACAAAACACAGAUAAAGUAUCACUCAGAUGCACACACUCAAAAUGCAGCAUCACUGAGUCACAAGUGUCCUCCCCUGUGUUUACAUUCACUUGUUGGGCAGUUAUGAGAAAUACCAGGAAGCCUCAAGUGUUUAACUGUUUUAAAGCUACAGCAGGCCUCGAGCUCAAGUGUCCCCAGUAGAUGUUGAUCGCCCCCCAGUGCACUACAGUGUUAAUUGGAUAGGUUUGUUCUCUUUUUUUCCCCCAUCUUUGGGAAAUUGUAGCUACUUCUUGUUUCUGUUCCCGCUCUGGAACAAAGAAAAUUCCACCCUCAGAAUUAGAACUCCGUUUCCAUUUCUGGUUCCAAAUUGGUGGUUUAAAAAAAGCAGAUGAAGUAAUAUCACAUGGAGUUUUGUGUUUAACUGGAGUUUGUUGUUCAGCUAUCGAAAACCUCUGUAGUGAAUAAGCUGUGUCAUGUUUUGGUUUCAUUCAUGACGAAAGAUAAUUACACAAUUAAGACCAUGAUGCACUGCAGCUACUCGCUCCAGUCUGCCUCUUAUCUAAACUAUUAUCAUUAGAAUCACACAUUUUUGAUGUCUGUGACUAUUUGUUUCUCUAAAAGUAAUCAUGCAGUCAUCUUUGAAAAACUCAGGUUGAUUAACAACACUUAAAUAAUGCUCUGACGGUAUUUUAAAAAUCCUCAAACAUUAUUUUAACCAUCUGGAUGAAAAUAAAUCUGUCAAACACAUGAUGACCUUUCCCCAUUGCCAAAAAGACACCUGUUUUCUUUGUACAACAAUUUUUUAUCCAUGUGUGUAGAAGGAUGUUUGAUGGUUGUGAGAAUAUCUGCAGAGCAGUGGACCUUCGAGAGCACUGUGGCCUUUAUUGAUGCGACAGAAUCGAGAUGUGAAAUUGGGAGGGAGAGCAGGGACGACACACAGCAAAGGGCCGGGUUAGAACCGAACCUGUGGGUGCUGCAGGAGGACUUGAGGACGUUACAUUCUGAAUCCACUUCAAAUUUGUAUGUGUUCUCCCCUGGGUCCUUCCCCGUCCCUCCAAAAUAUAUCAUGGAAAUGGUAAUUACCUCCACCAUGCAGGUGCACUUCAGAAUCAGUGCUCUUCAGUACAGACUAAGAAGUUGGAUGGAGGAGCUGAGCAUGGAUUUUUCUUUUUAAAGUGACUCUUCUCUGGUUCUACCUCUUGCCUCAGUGUGACUUCUCCUUCCAGAUGCCUUCUUCCUCUCGCAGCUCUUCAGCAUCACAGUUGGUCUGAGCCUACAAUGUGCCAAAAAGGGACAGAAACAGGGUCAUGGUCUGAACUUGGUAUCAGUCAGGCGGUGCUUUCAUGUUCAGAGAAAAUCCAAAGUAAAGGCCUUAAUGCGGGACUGAAGAUCAUACUGUGCAUGUGUGUCUGGCCCAAACUUCCCUGACAGACAAGCCUUAGCUUGAUGAUCAAUUUAAAAUCAGAUGCACUUUUAUGUCAAAUGAAUGUUUUGGGGGUUUUUUGUUCACAAAUUUGACUUAAAAUGUGAAAAUUGUUUCACUUUUAUUUAUAUCCCCAUGUCCAUUCCAAUUAGAUUUUAUAAGCAAAUAUGUAUGUAUGAAUAUAUUUUUUAUAAUUAGACUGUGUCAGAUCCAAUGAUACUUUCAAGACAUAGUUUGUUAAAUUGUAGGAAGCAGCUGGUUUUGCAGACAUUACAGAAAUGGGGUUUAGAAAUGAAAAAUGGGGGGAAAACGAACUCUGGCUGCACACUUCUUGUUCCAGCUAAAAGAAAAAAAAUACUUUCCACACAUCCACAGAUAUUCAUUAAAAUGACAUGAUUACCAAACAGGUUAUGGAAACUAUGCAUCAUUUAGCUGUUGUACCUUCUAACAUCUACAAGGUCUCAUGAAUAAAACCUUUAAAAAGGCUUAAUUAACAAAGAGGCUUCCGGGAAAAUGUUUUCACGUGAUCUCUGUGUUAUUAAAAUGUAAUUGAGGGGUGUGUGAGAGACAAAGACGAGCAGGAUCAGAGCCAGUGCCGGAUGUCAGAGUUCGCUGUUCAAACCAGAUGACGACUUUGUUUAUCCCAGGGUUCAGACAAGUAUAGUACAGGAUAAUGACAGCUCCAGUAGGUUCAGUGCUGAAGAAGACAAAGGACCCUGGGAUAAUCAAAUGAAUACAAACUAGUUCUCUAUAUAUAUCUAUGUAAAUGUAUGAUUAUGUAUCAUGACAGGACUUGCGGUGCAAAGUCUAAUGUAUCAAAUUUAUUUUAAAGCAAGAAAAGAAUAGUAUGUUUAUUGACAUAUAUGUAUAAAUAUACAUAUGCAUAUGUAUUUGUCAUGGCCUACAAAACAAAUAAAGAUUUUUUUUAAAUCCUG